ACAUAGGAGAACCACCUUACGCUUACAUGAUGAUCGUCCGUUGAUACAUUAUUGAACUUUAUUCAUUAAAUGAUGCAAUAGUUUAAUACCAGUAAACAAGGAAGGUUGGAAAACAAAUCAAUAAUUCUUUUUAACAAUAAUUUUUUCAUUAAUGAACGACAAUCAGCCGAUUAUUUCACAUUGGCAUACAUAAAUGAUGUUCUGUCAGAAACACGCGUUUCCGUAUCGAACGUCAAAAAAUCGCUUGCUCCAGUGUUGCCGCGCAUCGAAUUUAAAGUGCCAUGUUUACCUAACUUUGCGGGCCGGCUGCUUAUGGUGCUUAGGGGCAGAAAUUUUAACCGGACAUGUGCAUAACUGUAAACAAAUCGUGAUAUUCGUUUGCACUUUUGACAUCUUUAUUUUAAGACGGCGUUCGUCGGGUACUUUUUCAUUCGUGUAAAUAAUUGUAAAAUAUUAAAAUGAAAUUGUACUGUCUGUCCACCGAGCCCACUAAACCAUGUUUAGUUGUCACUUUCAAGGGCAUUACAUUAAUGCUAGAUUGUGGCUUGAACAUGCAAUCAGUAUUGAAUUUCAUGCCGCUACCCUUGGUACGUAGUGCCAAAUUUGAUGCUUUACCCUACUGGACACCCCGUGACGAAUCCAAAGAUUGGCAGAUUGAUAGGGAAUUAAAAUCACAUGCGGCUGCCAACAGACUUUUUGUUGAUUCUGCUCCAGAAUUCUGCCCUCCAGUUGAAAAAAUUAUAGAUUUUUCUCAAAUAGAUGUCAUUCUCAUAUCUAAUUACACAUGCAUGCUGGCCCUACCAUUCAUAACGGAAGGGACUGGUUUCAAAGGUGUAAUUUAUGCGACAGAACCCACUCUUCAAAUUGGCAGAUUUUUCAUGGAGGAAUUAGUGGAGUUUAUUGAACGUUCCCCAAAAGAAAUUGUAGCUAAGCAUUGGAAAGAAAUGAUACAUGUGCUACCUCCUCCUCUCGCUGACUGUAUAAAACCAAAGUCCUGGAAGCAUAUUUACUCAAAAGCAGCCAUGAAUGCAGCUCUUUCGCAUAUUCAACUUGUAGGAUAUGAUCAGAAACUUGAUGUAUACGGAGCUUUGUCAGUUACAGCAAUUAGUUCGGGUUACUGUUUAGGCAGCAGUAACUGGAUUAUAGCCAGUGAUCAUGAGAAAAUUGCUUAUGUGAGUGGUUCAUCAACACUGACAACCCACCCUAAACCAAUGGAACAAAAUAUGCUAAAGCAUGCGAAUGCAAUAAUUCUCACUGGCUUAGCUCCAUUGCCAAAUCAGAAUCCUGAUACUAUGCUAGGAGAAUUUUGUAUGACAAUUGCAACAACUUUACGCCAAGGGGGCUGUGUAUUAAUUCCUAGUUAUCCUUCUGGUGUAAUUUAUGAUUUAUUUGAAUGUUUAAGCAUACAUCUUGACAAGACUGGGCUAUCUCAAGUACCUCUAUUUUUUAUAUCACCUGUAGCAGAGACAUCACUUGCCUAUUCAAAUAUCUUUGCAGAAUGGUUAUCAUCUGGCAAACAAAAUAAAGUUUAUUUGCCUGAAGAACCUUUCCCACAUGCUUUUCUUGUAAAAAAUGGUAAACUAAAACAUUAUACAUCUACUCAUGCAGAAGGCUUUAGUACAGAAUACAGACAGCCUUGCGUUGUUUUUUGUGGCCACCCAAGUUUGAGAUUUGGCGAUGCCGUUCAUUUUAUGCAAUUAUGGAGCAAUAAUCCUCUGAAUACAGUGAUAUUUACAGAACCGGAUUUUGUAAUAGAGCAAUUGUUAGCACCAUACUUGCCAAUGGCUAUGAAAGCAUUACACUAUCCCAUUGAUACUUCUCUGAACUUUUCUCAAGCUAAUAAACUUAUACGAGAUUUAAAACCAGAUCAUCUAGUUGUACCAGAACGAUAUACUUUAGCUCCAUUAACUGUGCCCCACAGAAAUGACCUUGUGAUUGAACCAAUCGGGGAUAAACCGCUAAUUACUUUUAACAGAGGUGAAGUAAUUAAAUUACCUAUUAGAAGACAAAAAACAAGAGUUUUGCUUGAACCUGCUUUGGCAGAAACUAUAAAACCUGUAGAAGUAAGGCCUGGUGUUUGUAUGGCAACGGUUACUGCAGAACUUGAAGUUAAGGAUAACACUUACACAAUGAAGUAUCUUGAAUCAAGGAAUGGAAGAAAACGUAAAACACAGGGUCUACCUCCAUCUAAAGAGGAUGUUCUCAGAGGCAGAAGAAUUGAAUUUGGUUCAAUUAAUCCCGAAGUACUUAUUCAAAAACUUAAUCAGGAAGGCAUAACUGGCGCUAAACUUCAGCGUACACCUCAAUCAGCUGUAAUAUUAUUGCAAGAUUCAAAUGCCAAAAUUGAAUUGCACGAUAAUUCGACGCUCAUUUGUUGCAAUGGAGACUUGAAAAUAAGACGAAGACUAAGGAUGUGUGUGCUGCAGUGCCUCAAACGUGUUUAAGAAACUAUUAUUAAUAUAUCUUCGUAAAACAGAAUAAAGUUUAUUUUUACUCUUUUUCAUACACUAUGUAAAUAAUCAUCGUUUAUUGUAAUUUAAUUAUUGAAACUAUACAUAUUGUUUUGAAAUUCCUCUUUAGAAUUCAAGGCUUAUACAUUUUAUUAUUUAAUUUAAUAUACAGAUAAAUGCUACAUUAUUUAUCAUUAUUCAACAAGUGGUAA